AGGGGAGGCGGGCUCACUUCUGCAGGACUCAGCACAGGCGCCAGGGAAGAGGAAGGGCCCCUCCCCGCCAACACAGCUCAGCAAAGGGCAGCCUGGUCAUUCACCGCUGGACUUUGACCGUAACCCAAAACACUGCGUAGUUCUCCAUGCCUGCCUCUUUCCAGCUCUGACGAGAUCUCCACUAAGGUCACUGGAUAUGUCCCCCAGAAGCUGGAAUCCCAUGAUGGGGGCCCACAGUGUCCUCUGGAUCCUGCUCGGAUUGCUGCUGUGGCUGGAACCAGGAACAGCAACCCUGCCCCUGCUCAUGGACUCUGUCAUCCAUGCCCUGGCUGAGCUCGAGCAGAAGGCACCAGUCACCAAUGCCAGCCACACUGCUUCUGCAUGGCUGCUGUCAGCCCAGGAUUCUGGCCCCCAUGAUCCCCUCCAUCACUUCCUGCUGGAGAGGGGGCAUCUCAAGGUCACAGAGCUGAAUCCCCCACAACUGACCCCAGAGCUCCAAGGCCUGGCAGAGAUGGUGGUCCAACAUCGUGUGCAGGGUGGGCAGGAAUACGGGGUGGUGCUGACCCCUGAUGGCUCAACUGUGGCUGUCAAGCCUCUCCUAGUGGGGUUGGAGGCAGGGCUACAGGGGCACAGGGUUGUGAACCUGCCCUUGGACAGCUCAGUCACCCCUCCAAACGUUGGAACCGUGGUCCCUGAGGUAAAAGUCACACCCCCAGACCUCAGUGAUGCCUCUCCAGAGGUCACCUCUGCAAAUGUUGAAGCCAUGUCUCCGAAUGUUAGAACCACAGAUCUAGAGGCAGGAGCCACUUUUCCAGAUGUUAGACCUGACUCUGCAGAUGUCCAAACCUCCUUGCCAGAUGCCAAAGACACAUCCCCAACCACUGUGGACAGCCUCCUGGCGGUCAGCCUUGCCAGGGACCUGGGCCUCACCUUCCUCCAGGGCCCCCAGACACGGAGCCACCCAGGCCUGGGAACUGAGGGCUGCUGGGACCAGCUCUCUGCUCCCCAGACCUUCACACUCCUGGAUCCCAAGGCCUCACCACUCACUGCAGCCUUCCUCAAUGGUGCCCUGGAUGGGGCCCUCCUUGGAGAUUACCUGAGCCGGGCCCCUGGGCCCCUGCCACCCCUCAGCCACCUGCUGAGCCAGUACUAUGGAGCUGGGGUGGCUGGAGACCCAGGGCUUCGAAGUAACUUCCGACGGCAAAACGGAGCUGUUCUGACUUCGGCUCCCACCCUGACCCAGCAGGUGUGGGGGGCCCUUAUCCUGCUACAGACGCUGGAGCCAGCACACCCUCAGCUACAGGGCAUGAGCCAAGAUCAGCUGGUGAAGGUGGCCACCCAUGCUGCCAAGGAGUUUAUUGAAGCCUUCUUGGGGUGCCCGGCCAUCCACCCUCGUUGCCGCUGGGGCGCCGCACCUUACCGGGGCCUCCCGACGCCUCUGCAGCUGCCUCUCGGGUUCUUAUAUGUGCAUCACACGUACGUGCCUGCGCCACCCUGCACCGACUUCGCGCGCUGUGCCGCGGAUAUGCGCUCUAUGCAGCGCUUCCACCAGGACACGCGCGGCUGGGAAGACAUAGGCUACAGUUUCGUGGUGGGUUCAGACGGCUACGUGUACGAGGGCCGGGGCUGGCACUGGGUGGGCGCGCACACACGCGGCCACAACUCCCGCGGCUUCGGCGUGGCCAUCGUGGGCAACUACACGGCGGGGCUGCCCACCGAGGCGGCGUUGCGCACCUUGCACGACCUGCUCCCGCGCUGCGCGGUGCGCGCAGGCCUCCUGAAGCCAGACUAUGCACUGCUGGGCCACCGCCAGCUCGUGCACACUGACUGCCCUGGUGACGCGCUCUUCAACCUGCUGCGCACCUGGCCGCGCUUCGCCACGAGUGUGAAGCCAAGGACUGCCAGGAGGGCCUCCAGGAGAUCCAAGAGGAAGCCAUCCCCAGUGAUCCUGCCAGUCACAGACCUCCAGUAAAGGGAUCAUCGAAAGAAAGCCUGUAUCUACAUAUCAUUUCUUUUUGCACGCAUUGUCUUGUUUGGUUUGCCCAGAAGCAGCCCUUGAGACAAGCCUUCCAGUGCGAGUACUUUGUUUGGGAGGUGAUCCCAGGACAUAUCAGCUGGAGAAUCAGGAAGAAAGGCAGGGAUGGGAGGGAGUCAGGAAAGGGUGCUUUAUCAAGCAGGUUGGCUCUGGGACACAUGGCACUCAAUUUCUCUGGAGACCUCUGGAGAAAAGCAUAGGACACACACCUCAGAGUCAUCCCACCCAAGGGGUGAGAGAGCUGGGGUGUUGAUACUCCAACUCUGAUGGUCACCAGUUGAGGGCUGCUGUCAGGGAAGUGUUAAUUCUCUGGGACUUUUGAGCUGCUUGUUUGCAUGGUGAACUCCAUCUGUCAGAGAAAGUCCCCCAGCAAAACAUGCAGGGAGUUGGAAGUGGGGCCCCUAGGCAGUGAAGUGGUAAAGGCUCGGGAUUUGGUGGAACAUGGGGAGACUCUCCAUGUGUGUGCAGUCAGUGGACUGAGUGUGGUGUGAAUGGGGUGGGCAGAGCUAAGGUAUGUACACCGGCAUGAACACAUCUAGCUCCAGGAGAGGGGUCUUUGGUCUGAUCCUUCUCAGGACGGGUUAUAGAAUUGCAAGGCCCAAUGCAAAAUGAAAGUGCAGGGCCCCUGUUCAACAAUCAAGAACUUCAAGAGUAUUAAAUCAAGUGCAGCAUGGAGCCCUUCUGAGCAUGGGAUCCUGGGUGCACGCACAGGCCACAUAUCCAUACCAUGGUCCUACCCACCCCACCCUGUGCAUUCUGGUCAUCCUUGCCUUUGAACAAACUAUUCCUUCUACCUGGCAUUCCUGGUUUUUCCAGCUCAAAGAGCAUCCCUACUGCUCAGCCUCUGCUCCGGUCUGUCUAUUUUCUUCCAAGUCCUUGCCUGCUAGAAAUGUCCUGCUUUAUAUUCAGCAUCUGUUUCCCUCCCUGGACUCUGAGCUUCAGAAAUGCAGGAACCAAGCUUGUUUAGCUCCCCAUGGCUUCUCCAGCACCUAACACGGAGUAGGCCCUCGGGAAACACUUGUUGAAUAAACAAAAGCUCCUGUAAUGAA